AUGCGGCCAGGUUUGACACUUUUAAUGGGAUCACUUGGUCGUUUAGAUGUUUUGAAAGCUCCAAGUUCUGUUUAUUUUACCACUUUUUCUCAUCUUCCAAUUCAUAUUGUAUCUACAAAAGAAGUUGAUGAGUAUAAAAGUCGAUUUUCCAAAUUUCUUAUGCCAAAAAUUAAAAAUAAUUCUGUAAAUACUGAUAAUAAUUAUAAUAAUACAGCUGGACCUUGUGGUUUACUACCACCAAUGCAAUCAAAAAAUCUUGAUCCUAUUGAAACUGUACCUAAUUUAGAUCAGUCCAACAUAGAUGUUGUUUUAUCCGGAGCAGGAUGGAUCAGUGUAGCUGGUUUAUCAAAGACCAAUAAGAAAUUACUAGAUGAGAAAGAUUCAGAAGAAAUAUCUACUGAAAACAGUGUUGUUGAUGAUGAUAACGAUAAUAAUAAUAAUAAUGAAUUGUUUUGUGCUGAUAUCUUAUUAGCAGCAUGGACUCCUGGAGCUUUAGGUAUUUCAUUAAGAAAGCCUUUAAUUCCAUAUGCAAUUAAACGUCGCGGUCAUCGUUUAAAAUGGUUAAGAGAAUUCUCAGGUAUUCGAUGA